GCCUCAUAAACGUUAGGUGACAGUUUUUGUGUUCGCAAAAUAUAUUUUAUAGCUACAAAAUGAGUGAUUUUAUCGACACUAUUGAGGCUAUCGAAUUGAUCACAGAUCGUGUAUUAUGGGAUCGACCACGUAUAUUCCGUGAGAGAACGGAUUACUUCCAAAAAUAUGACGACUUGGACUUUUUUAGAAGGUUCAGGUUAACUAAAAGAAGUGUCCUUUUCCUGCUAACAAAAAUCGAAUCAAAAAUUGAGUUCCAGGAGGAUAGAAACCACUCUAUUCCACCAAUUAAUCAAUUACUCAUGACAUUGCGCUACUAUGCCACUGGUAAUCAUUUACUCGCAAUCGGAGAUCUCGGAGGAUUCAGUGUAGCCUCAUGUAGCCGCAUAGUUAAACGAGUCACUGAAGCCAUCGUAAGCCUACGAGCAGAAUUCAUUAAAUUUCCAGAGUCCGAAGAAGAACAGAGAAAAGUCAAAAGGGAUUUCUUUAAAAUAGCAAAGUUCCCUAAUGUGUUAGGCUGCAUAGAUUGUACACACGUAAGAAUACAAUCACCUGGAGGCGAUGAUGCUGAAAUUUUCCGUAAUAGGAAAGGAUACAUGUCCAUUAAUGUUCAAACAAUUAGCACUGCCCAAUUAUUAGUAACAGAUGUAGUGGCACGAUGGCCUGGAUCAACCCAUGAUUCAGCUAUCUACCAAAACAGCAACCGAUACAAUAAAUUUGAAAGAGGAGACUACGGCUGCGGCUACUUAUUGGGAGACAGUGGCUAUCCUCUAAAGUCACAUCUCUUAACACCACAUGUACAUCCAAUCACGCAAGGCCAACAAAGAUUUAAUGAAGCCCAAAUUAAAACUAGAAAUGUUGUGGAACGACAGUAUGGAGUCCUGAAAAGAAGAUUCCCAGUUUUAGCUGUUGGUAUCAGACUGAAACUGAAGACUGCAGUGAAUGUUAUACUGGCCUGUUGUAUCCUGCAUAACUUCUGUAUAUUGAACAGGGAGCCGGAACCCGCCAAUGAAGGUCUUCUCCAGAACUUAAAUGAGUUAAUAGAUAAUGGGCAGAUACAUUUCCCAUUAGAUGGUGUUGCGGACCCAAUUUAUGGAUUUCGAAGAGACCAACUGUAG